UCCGUGUCGUGCCGAGAGCAGCAAGCCUUUCUGGGAAUCAACAUCGCCCAUGAAUUGCAGCUGUCUGCGUAGCUCCGGGACAAAAAUCGUCACACGCACAAAAAAGUACCCCCCUUAUCAAACACACCAUCCCUUCCUGGAGAGUCUUCUUCGCUUUUCCUCAGAGUCCCUUGUAAUGAAGACCCGGCCGGCGAGGCUCUGCGAUUACACGAUUACACGUGCAGAUGCAUGCUCGGGCUGGUUGAACACGGGAAGGAGAAAACUAAAACUAAAGCGUAGGGCCAAGUCUCUCGAGCUUCUCAGCCUGAAAAAAAGAAAAAUCUAUCAAGGCUUUUCAGAUGUCCUGCUGGGUCUAGGAAAUUUAAAACAACAGACGAACAAGCAAACAACAAACAAAUGAAUCAUUAAAGUUUUUUUUUUUCUGUU